AGAUGCCAUCAUUUAUCACCUUCCUAGGGUUUGAGGAGCCAGAGUUGGGGAAACCUGGGGCUUUAGUCAGUUCCACACAUUCACCCAGUGAAGCCAGCUAUAUGCCAGGAGUAUAAGGAAGGAGUGAUGAUUCUGCCCCGGUGAUGAGGGAGUUGUUCAGAAGGGAGCAGACCUAGACCUUUACAAGUCUUAAGAUGAGUAAAAACUUACUAGUAGUGGAGGAAAAGAACAUUUCAGGCAAUACUAGGAAUGCUGUUCUGUGAGAUAGUAUGUGCAUGUAGUCCAUAUGCCUAGGCUGUCCUGGGACCAAGAGUGAGUCACGUCCAGGCCCUGCUGUUGAUGGGCUCCUGGUCCCGCAGGCACAGGGACUGCAUUUGCAGGAUCACGACAGGAGGGGGAGAUGAGGCCUGAACCUGACCCCCAGACUUUUUACUUUGGCUCAAGAUACAUUUUACAUUUUUGAAUUAAUUGCCUACUAUUACAAACCAGUUUGCUUUAAAACAAAAGCAAAACCAAAAAAGCCCAACACAUUUCUGGCUUCUCUGGGGGAAAAAAAAAAAAGGAAAGAAAGAAAGAAAAGAUCUGGCAGCAGAUCUACUAUCCCUUCUGGCAACAACUGGCUCAAAUGGAAGAGCCGAGGCCGCCUGUUCAUGGGGCUCAUACCGAAGUGUUUCAUGCCCUUAUGUUUCCUGCCUGGCACCUGGCUUAGAAAGUUUCAUAAAAUGAUAUUUUGAGGAGCAGCACAUUUUUUGCAGAGGAGGGGGAGGAACGAAGCUAGAAAUGUUUGCUGGAAUCUGAUCAGGAAAAGGAAGCUGAGGGACUUGGAUGCUACUCUGUAAAGCCUUUCCAGGGAUCCCGUUGCCCACUGGGAAACCAUAAGGUUGGAACCAGCUGGUAGGGGACUGAACUGGGAGAUUACAGGACUUGGCUGAGGUCUAAUGAGAAAGUGGCAAUGUUGGGUUUUGAACCCAGGCAGUUGAUUUCAGUCCUCUCUGGGCUUCUCACAACACCACCUCUUCUGAGAGGCAGUGAGCAGGUUUCACACCCUGGUGAGCAGUGACUGGACAGGGUCAGGCAAUGAAGUGUAGUGGUUGUGGCCCAGGGUUGUGCCAUCUCUGUCUUUUGUGACUCAGAACAAGUGGUUUGCCCUCUCCUGCCUCUUAUGUCUCUCUGGGCACUUCACGGAGCCCAUGGGAUCUUGGGAGGACACAGAUGAGGAUGGCUGUCAUGCCAGCAGGGAUGAGCAAAGAGGAGUUUGGGGACUAAAUUCGGGGGAGGUCAGGACAGAGUUGGGGUCUGUGGGUUGGGGGUCAUACCAAGAUGGCAGUCUAGAGGAGGAGGAAGGGCUUGGGGGAAUGGGAGUUCAGUGUAGGACACGGGGAGCCAGAGGUGUCAGGGACACUCCCAGAGGGGAGGCUGGGGCGGGGUUGAGAGGCGAGGAAAGGGGCGCCCUCUCUCACACCGAUUGAGAAGGCGCCAGAUCAGGGCACCCCGGCGUAGGGGGCGGGGAGCGUGGCGCCCGGCGGCCCCUUUAAUCGGGGACGCGCGCUGGCCGGCCCGCGCGCUCUCGCUGCCGUCGCCGGGCCGGAGCGGAGCAGGAGCCGGAGCCGAGCUGGGGCCGGGGCCGGGGCCGGUAGCGGGCGGAAUGGAGCCCCCGCGCGCGCCCGCUCUGCGCCGCCUGCUGCCGCCGCUGCUGCUCCUGCUGCUGCCACUGCCCCCCCGCGCCCGGGCCAAGUACGUGCGGGGCAACCUCAGCUCCAAGGAGGACUGGCUCUUCCUGACAAGAUUUUGCUUUCUUUCGGAUUAUGGCCGACUGGACUUCCGCUUCCGAUACCCUGAGGCCAAGUGCUGCCAGAACAUCCUCCUCUAUUUCGAUGACCCAUCCCAGUGGCCAGCUGUGUACAAGGCAGGGGACAAGGACUGCCUGGCCAAGGAGUCCGUGAUCAGGCCCGAGAACAACCAGGUCAUCAACCUCACCACCCAGUACGCCUGGUCAGGCUGUCAGGUAGUGUCAGAGGAGGGAACCCGUUACCUGAGCUGCUCCAGCGGCCGAAGCUUCCGCUCCGUGCGUGAAAGGUGGUGGUACAUCGCACUCAGCAAGUGUGGGGGAGAUGGGCUGCAGUUGGAGUAUGAGAUGGUCCUCACCAAUGGCAAGUCCUUCUGGACACGGCAUUUCUCGGCUGAUGAGUUUGGGAUCCUGGAGACAGAUGUGACUUUCCUUCUCAUCUUCAUCCUCAUCUUCUUCCUCUCCUGUUACUUUGGAUAUUUGCUGAAAGGUCGUCAGUUGCUCCAUACAACUUAUAAAAUGUUCAUGGCGGCAGCAGGAGUGGAGGUCCUGAGCCUCCUGUUUUUCUGCAUCUACUGGGGCCAGUAUGCCACCGACGGCAUUGGCAAUGAGAGUCUGAAGAUCUUGGCCAAGCUGCUCUUCUCCUCCAGCUUCCUCAUCUUCCUGCUGAUGCUCAUCCUUCUGGGGAAGGGAUUCACGGUGACACGGGGCCGCAUCAGCCACUCGGGUUCCGUGAAGUUGUCUGUCUACAUGACCCUGUACACCCUUACCCACGUGGUGCUGCUCAUCUAUGAGGCUGAGUUCUUUGACCCGGGCCAGGUACUGUACACGUAUGAGUCGCCGGCGGGCUAUGGGCUCAUUGGGCUGCAGGUGGCGGCUUACGUGUGGUUCUCCUACGCCGUGUUCAUCUCCUUGCGCCACUUCCCGGAGAAGCAGCCCUUCUAUGUGCCCUUCUUUGCUGCCUACACCCUCUGGUUCUUUGCAGUUCCUGUGAUGGCCCUGAUCGCCAACUUUGGGAUCCCCAAGUGGGCCCGGGAGAAGAUUGUCAAUGGAAUUCAGCUGGGGAUCCAUUUGUAUGCCCAUGGCGUGUUCCUGAUCAUGACCCGCCCGUCUGCGGCCAACAAGAACUUCCCGUACCACGUGCGCACGUCGCAGAUCGCCUCAGCCGGGGCCCCGGGGCCCCAAGGGAGCCAAUCCACCGACAAGGCCUUCCCGCAGCACGUCUAUGGGAACGUGACGUUCAUCAGCGACUCGGUGCCCAACUUCACGGAGCUCUUCUCCAUCCCCCCGUCCGCCUCCUCCGCCGGGAAGCAGGUGGAGGAGACGGCGGUGGCGGCGGCGGUGGCCCCGAGGGGCCGCGUGGUGACCAUGGCCGAGCCGGGCGCGGCCUCCCCGCCCCUUCCCGCUCGGUUCCCCAAGGCGGCCGACCCGAGCUGGGAUGGCCCGACGCCGCCCUACCAGCGGCUCGUGCCCCAGACGGCGGCGCCGCACACCGGCUUCACGGAAUACUUCAGCAUGCACAGGGCCGGGGGCACCGCACCCCCGGUCUGAGCACCCUUGCCCACCCCCACCCCAUGGUCCGCGUGCCGGGCCCCGGCCGGGCUCCGGAUCCCCGCUCUAUCCGGGCCCCAGGGCGCUGCCAUCCCAGGCCUUCCCGACCCUCCCCACCCUGCGCGCCCAGGUAGGGGUGCGUACUGUCCCGCUCCUCCCCGCCCCUCCCCCCGACUUUUGUGCCAAACGGUCCCGCGGGAGCCGCUCUCCCCGUCCCCUCCCUCAGCCCCUGCCCCGAGCGGCGCCGGAUUCUGGGCUCCCGCUGUUUCGAGACCUACGGCCCCCUGGCCCCCUCCGAGACCUCUGAUCCCGCCGGACCCCGGAACAACAGUGACGAUCGCCGGGACCCUGCCCGUGACUCUCCAGGACUCCGCGACCCCCAGCCAUUGCUCCUGGGACGGAUAUUGUGAAUCUGGUCUCGACUCUGACACCUUCCCUUGGAUCUCUGUAACUUCGGACCAAACUCUGCCCACCCCUAUCUCCAUCCGGGGGCCCUCCCUUAGGUCCCCGGCAAAAAGACUUUUUCCCUUCUUGCCAAAAUAAAGCGGAUUCGUUGAGUUUUUAAUCU